CUUCGAAAUUAAACUUCCAAUCGGAGAUGCCAUCUUCUCAGCUAGGUUUUUUUUUUUUAAGCAACUUCUCAGAUAAGUUUGUAUUUUUUUUAUAAACUUGUCGUCUAAGUUGUCAGUAAUCGAAAAGUCAUGACACUUCCAGUGCUAUAUAUAUAUAUUUGAUGAGACAGACUUUCUCCUUCUAAGAGAGAAUAAGGGGCUGAUCGAUCGUUCACACAGAACUUGUAAAAUGGCACAAGAAUCAGCCUCUGAUCUUAUGCUUGUGGAUGACUUUUACUUCUCUUUACUCUUUGAUGAAGAAGACCAAGGUGAGAUUUUCCCAGUGUCGGAUGCCAAGUAUGCGGAAGGGUUGCAGCUCCAAGAGGGUCUGAUGGGCGACCUGAUCACUUCUCAAAUCGCAAACAAUGGAGCCUCAUCAUCAUCACCAACAAUCCAAGCAAGUUUUCCGGCCCCCAACCCAGAGCCGGAGGAGGCAACAGAAGAAGCCGGACAAUCAUCGCAUUGCUUCUGCGACAUUUGUGUGGAAAGGAAAGAUAAUGACCAGAUGUUCAGAAACGAGAGCUGCGUUCACUCUUUUUGUUCUGAUUGCAUUAGCAAACAUGUGGCCACAAAGAUCCAAGAUGGCAUAACCGUUGUUUCUUGCCCCGGAUUGGAAUGCAAGGUUGUCCUAGAACUCGAUGAUUGCAGGUCAGUGCUUCCCAAAGACGUGACGGAAAGGUGGGACGAGGUGUUGUGCAGAGCGCUGUUUGGGUCUGAGAUGGUGUUUUACUGUCCUUUCAAGGACUGUUCUGCCAUGUUGGUGAAUGAUGAGGAAGAAGGAGAAGUCAUUAGGGCGUCGGAGUGUCCUUUCUGCCAUAGAUUGUUCUGCGCACAGUGUUCUGUCCCCUGGCAUCCAGGGGUAGAGUGCGAAGAGUUCCAGAGUCUAAAUGAGAGUGAGAGAGGAAGAGAUGAUCUCGUGCUGCGGGAGCUUGCUCAUGAGAAGAAAUGGAAAAGGUGUCCCAAUUGCAAGUACUUUGUGGAUAGGACUGAAGGUUGUUUACACAUGACUUGCAGGUGUACAUUCCAGUUUUGCUAUGGAUGUGGAGCAUCAUGGACUAACGAUCACAAUGGUUGCCAGUGAGAUUAAAUGAGUAGCAGACAAAGCAUAAGGAGGAUGUUGUUGCAACAACUGUUAUAUUAGUAUGGAUAUAUCCACUCUUUUAUGUUGAUCAUGCUUCUUAAAUAUUGAUGGGGAAUGUUUGUACUGGGAAAGGAAUAUGUGUCAUGUGUCAGGAUGUUUAUUUUGCAUGACAUUAUUAUGGUUUGCAUAUGUCUUUUGCGAUGCACAAAAGUGCCCUGUUGUAUGAGGACUUGAGCAGCAUCAGUAAAAUUAGCAGAUUAAUGUCAAAGAAAUAUGAAAUUUCUCCUACUGUUUGUUGAGUAAA